AUGUCCACCGGUAGCGGCUCGCCCCGCGGCGUCUCAGACAAGAGCUUCGUCCCGUCCGAAGUCGCCCACGUUGACCAUUCGCAUUCGCACCCCCUCGCCCAGCUCAGUCAAUUCAAGAAGAACUUCCUACUUCUGGUCUUCUCUGUCGCUACCUUUCUGGACAUCUGCAAUGUCAGCGGGGUCGGUCUGGCCGUCGCCCAGAUCCGGGUCGAUCUGGGUCUCGAGAUCAAUCAAAUUGCCUGGAUCAUCACCUCGUACUCCCUCUGCUUUGCUGCUCUCCUCCUCUUCGCAGGCCGCCUGUCCGACCUCUUCCCGGCAACCAUCAUCUUUGAAGUCGGCUUUACCGGUCUCGGCGUCAUCUCCCUCGUCACCUCUUUCGUCACCGAGAACAAGUACGGCUUUCUCAUCCUUCGCGGUCUCGGUGGUCUCGCUGGUGCGCUCACCAUCCCGAGCUCUUUCCACAUGCUGGUACACAUGUUCCCCGUGGCGGCGGAGCAGCAAAAGAAACUCGCAGUAUUGGGCAUGGCAGGUGGUCUCGGUAACGUCCUCGGCCUGGUGAUCGCAGGCCUGGCCAUGCUAGCGAGCUAUCACUGGUUCUUCCGUAUCGUCGCCAUCCUCUGCUUUGUCUUCUCCGCCGCCGGCUUCUUCCUCAUGCCCCGCAUAUCCGCCCCGGCCUCCAAUGACCGCACGCCCAAGUGGAAACGUCUCGACAUUCCCGGCGUCAUCCUCAUGAUGGGCUUCCUCAUCUGCUUUAUCCUCGCACUCACCAAUGGCCCUAUCGACGGCUGGGGAUCAGCCGGCUUCAUCGCUCCUAUCGUCAUUUCGUUCGUCUGCGCCGUCGGGUUCUUUGUGUGGGAAUACUCGAUCCCGUCCAGGACGGCCGUACUCCCUGCGUCGGUAUACCAGAUCAAGAACUUUAUCCCGACGAGUCUGGUCAUCAUGAUCCCGAUGGGGUUCUGGUUUACGAGUCAGCUAUACUAUGCGACGUACUUUCAGCUUGCGUUCCAGUGGAAGCCUUUGCAUGUCGCCGCUGCCAUCGUCCCCCAAGGCGUCGUCGGUCUUAUGGUCGGCGUCGCGACCCAAUUUGUUCCGCAGAUAGUCAGCAGGCCCGAGAUCUUCAUUCCCAUCGGUGUAGUCCUCAUCAUCAUCGGCGAGCUGCUUCAGAUCUACUCGUACGGCGGCCAAGGAUAUGACUACUGGCGCUUCGUCUUUCCCGGCUUCGUCAUCGGUUCCACCGGCGCAAUGAUCACCUACUUUGGAAGCGCCAUCUCCGUGCUCGUCUACUCACCGCCCGAGAUGUCAGGCGUCAUCUCGGCGUGGACGCAGGUCGUUGCGCAGGUCGGGGGCGCGAUCGCUCUGGCGGUGCAGGCGGCAUUCGAGACGGAGGAUCUGGCGGACUGGAUGAAGUCGGCAGGGAGGACGUUUUGGUUUAUCCUGGCGUGGUCGGCGGUGUUGGGGUUGCAAUAUAGGAUUUUGUGGAGGAGGCCGGGGACGCCGGCGGAGGAGCACGAGAUGGCGAGGAAGAGGAUUGCGCAGACGGGUAAGGGUGAGGGGGUGAUCGCUUAG